GCAGCACUGGGAGUCUGUCUGGGAGGUGCCACUGGUGCCACUCGUUUGAUUCCCAGUCCCACAAAGUUAAUGAAGUUGGAUUAUUUAUUGUUUUUGCGUUGCGGAUUAAGAAAGUGAAGAAAAGCCUGUUUCAAGAACCAUGUUCCACGGAAUUGUUUGGAUAUUUUGCCUCUGAUGUUCUGUCAAAACUUUUAUUGGACAAUGUCUUCGCUGCUUUUGGGAGGUUUUCCAUGGUUUAAAUGCAGGAGAAACUGUUAUUCGUUGUUUUGGACCGGAUAUAGUGUGGGCUGGGGCAGAGAUGCGUAAUGCGCAGAGAAAGCUCCAUCUUCUCUCCAAAUAGGCAGCGUUCAAGACCCGAAAAUGUCUAAGUCGGAGGUGAAGAAGGAGUCCGGGGAGUCCAGUCCGUCGGAGGCCGCCUGUCUCUGCUCUCCUCCGGCGGCCAAGAACCAGUGCGCCAGCUGCGGCAUGGAGAUCCAUGACCGAUACCUGCUGAAGGUCAACAACCUGAAUUGGCACUUAGGAUGUUUGGAGUGUUCAGUCUGCAGAGCGUCUCUGCGCCAACACAACAGCUGCUAUGUUAAAAACAAAGAAAUCUACUGCAAACUGGAUUAUUUCAGUAGGUUCGGCACUAAGUGCGCCCAGUGUGGCCGGCAGGUGUACGCCAGUGACUGGGUGCGACGGGCUCGGGGCAGCGUGUACCACCUGGCCUGUUUCGCCUGCUUCUCCUGUAAGAGACAGCUGUCCACCGGGGAGGAGUUUGGCCUGGUGGAGGGCAAGGUGCUCUGCCGCAGCCACUAUGACAUCAUGCUGGAUAACCUCCGCCGGGCUGCAGAAAACGGCACAGGACUGACUCUGGAAGGAGCGCUGCCCUCUGAUCAGGACUGCCAACCAAAACCAGCCAAGAGGGCGCGGACAUCGUUCACUGCUGAGCAACUGCAGGUGAUGCAGUCUCAGUUUGCUCAGGACAACAACCCUGAUGCUCAGACGCUACAGAAACUGGCAGAAAUGACAGGAUUGAGCAGACGAGUCAUACAGGUUUGGUUUCAGAACUGCCGUGCGCGACACAAAAAGCAGCCGCCUCAGAGCAGCUUCUCUCAGAGCGCUCCAAUGUCCAGGAUGCCCCCAUCGCUGCCAGAUGAUAUCCACUACUCACCAUUCAGCAGCCCGGACCGACCACAUCUACUGGCCCUGCAUGGAUACCUGGACACUCAUCCCUUCUCUGUCCUGGCUGCCCCGAGCCACUUGACCCAUCCGUCCAUCUCUCUACCACAGCUUCCCAUCAGCCGCUGACCUCCUGCGUCCACUUUUUGCAGCGUCAACCACACUGAUGUUGUAAAAAAAAAAAAAACCUUUGGGACGUACUGUCAGUAAUCUGCUCUGUUUGGGAUUCUAAUUCCCGGGCAAAAGCGAAUUCGGCGAUCUGUUUUCAAUCAAAUCGGAUUCUUUGCUGUGAGACUGCUGAGCUAAACUUGUCUUUUAAAGACAGCAGACUGUGGCGAUUGGAGACAUGUCCCGCCUCCAUGCCAACAUGGGAGUUUUUUUAUUUUGUCUUGUUUGUUGUGAUGCAGAGAAGAAGACCACUUUUAUUUUAUUUUUCCUCUUUUUGAUGGGACACAAAACAUUGCAUCAGGUCAGGAUUUUUUUCCUUAUGUUUACCCACUCAUACAAGGUAUUUUAAUUAUAUUGCUGCAAUGUGAGCUCUCAAAAAAGAAGAAAGAAGGAGUGUUGUAGCAGUAUUACAGUAAAACCUCAGCUUUUUUGGGAUUGAUGAUGAGCACAUUUGCAGGUUACUGUUGUUUGUUGUUGUGUUGUUGUCAGAAAAAAUGGAAACUCUUAUUUAUUCAGAACAAAACUUCACUUUUAAAACGCACUUUUAAAUGUGUCUAGAAAUUCAGUGAUUGUACAUUGUAAAUACUGCUACAGUUUAAUAAAAAUGUAUCAGAGCUGUUAUGAAAUUGUUUGAAUAACUGAGGUGAGGUUGAUUUAAUCAUGCAGACAGAGGGAGAGAGAGCGUGUGUGUGUGUGUGUGUGUGUGUGUGUCAUUUUCAAAGACAGAGCAUUACAGAGAAAUGUGAAUGCAUCUCCACUGGAAGCACAUUAUAUCAAGACACUAUUUUUACACUAAGAGCUGUAAAAAUCAAAAGGUCACUUGUCAGAGGCCAGGUACUUGCAGUAACCUGUUAUUGAGAGCAAUAUCCUGCGGCCAACCUGCACAUUAACUCCAAUUUAUGCUUAACAGGAGAUGUGAUCAAUCCUACUGUGAAAACGAUUAUUUGAAAUGGCAUUUUCACUCAAAGCACGGCCAUUGAUCGGGCAGUUUGUUGGCUUUUGUGAAGCCUUUUAACACUAGAUUAUCUACAGUUGUUACAUUGAUUGGCGGCACUUAAGGAGCUGCGAUGGGAAGAAUGAAUGGGAUACUUUGAGUUAAAGGAUAUCGUUAGAUCUGGAUUUUCCAAACUGGAUCAAUGAGUGGGUAGUUUUUUUCUUUUCUUUUUGCCACUGUAGUAAAUUAAAAGAGUGUGCCACAACCUUGCACUUUGAGUUUCUCAACCUGAGAUCCUGAGAUUUUUGAGGCUGGUAGAGAUAUUGUUAUUUGAGAUUUUAAACAAAUCUGAUGAUGAUGUAUCAAACUGGUAUUCAUUCUUUUACAUAAACUUUAGAGGAGUUAGAAAGAUAAGAAUAAGAUUAGAAGCAGGCGAAAACUGGUACAACAAAUAAAUCUUCAUACCAGCACCUCUAAAGGCUACAAAUUGACAUAUCAUACCUCAUUUGUGGCAACUAUUCCCUGCCAAGAAAAAGUGUGGCACCCUCAGUUAUUGUAGCCCAGUAAGAUACUGAAAAUCUUUCAUGAACAGAGCCAGGCUAGCUGUUAAAGCCGGAUUCCAGUUUUUCUGCUAAGCUAACAAGCUUCUUGUUCCAGCUUCAUAUCAAGCGUACAGACAUGAGAGUAAUGUUGAUAUUCUCAUCUAACUUUCAACUCUCUGCUCAGUUCACUGGUGUGCAAAUGAUUUAAUGGUGCAAUACUGUGUUUAUAUUUAUUGUUUUGGCCAAUGUAUUCAAUAUUGAUGUAUCUGUGAUAAAAUCAGGCUAUGCAAACUAGUGCUGAAAUUAACAAUAAUUUUCACUGUUGAUUAUAUUCCCAAUUAAUCAAUUAUCUAUAGGUCUAUAGAGUGUCAGAAAAUUAUGGAGCCCCCAAAAGAUAAUGGUGCAUUUUCCUAUAAUAGAUUUUACAUUAUUUCAGAUCCAUAGAGAAAGGCUGAGCUGUAUUAUGAUAUAGUAUUAAGUGAGUGGCCGCACCCUCAACUAUGUGUAGCUCAAGUCAGUAUCAUUGCAGCUGGAUAAAUAACUAACAGAGCUUUUUAACCUAGCUCUCUCACUGACUGCUGCCAAGGGUUGAAACAGUCUGUAGCUGUGAUAUGACAAUGGGAUGACAGAGCUUUGGCCGUUGCUAUGAUUGUGGCUGUAGCCAUGGCUGUGCUUUGGUUGUUAUGAUUAUUGCUUUGACACAUUGGUUUAUAAUGGGUGUAACAGCAAUACAUGCAGGGGUUGUGUGUGUACGGCGACAUGGUUGUGUUGGCUGGGUGUUGUAUUGAAGCUGAUGUAUACCUGAACUCCUGUGGUGUAUUGUGCUGUAUCUGUUAUGUGGUUUAACAAUGCUUUUUUUGGUUAAUGUUAAUUGGAGAAGAGUAGUCACAGCUACCAUAGCCAUAUCCAUGGUGUCAUACAUUCAGCCAUAAAUACAGCCGUAGUCUGAGACCAUAACAACAGCCUCACCCACCACAGGCAGGCAGAGCAGUCACAUCCUUUCUGUAGCAUCUUUAGUGCUUUUCCCUAGACUAACAACCAAAAACUGGACUGGACCAAAACACUUAACGUAGUCCAAGAAAAAAAAUUCCACCAUGGUCCUUUGGGGGGGAAAAAAGCCCAUUACAAUUUUCUAAAGCUCAAGGUGAUGCCUUCACAUUGCAUUUUCAUCCAACCAUCAGUCCGAAACUGGAGGAGAUUCAAUUUACUAUGGUAUCAAACAGAAAAACAAACAAAUCCUUACAAAUGAGAAGCUGGAACUGGAUUAUGUUCUGUAUUUUUGCCUGAAACAAUUUAAAUGGUUAACGGAUAAUCAGAAUAGCUGAAGAUGAAUUAUCUGUCGAUCAGCUACUAAUUGGUUUAGCUCUGCUUGAAAAGACAACCUUUGCAGAACAUGUUUAUGGUUGGUUUGUUUCUGUACUAUUACACAGAAAUGAUAUCUUACCACACAAACUUUUAUGGAGUUGAAACCUGGACCUUUAGGCUGGUCUUAGGCUAGUUAUUUUAAACCAAUAAUCCUACAAACAGCCUAAAGGAAUAAUGUGACAUUUUGGGAAACACAUUUAUUAGAUGAGAAUAUUGAUGUAUAUAUUCUUAUGUCUGUAAAAACUGUUACACCUCGGUUUGUGUGUGGAUUAAUCAAACAAUAUAACAUGUUGAUUGGUGAGCUGUAGAGGUAGGGCUGGUAGGAGAUUUAUUUUUACCUUGGGUGUUUCCAGUCUUCAUGCUAAGCUAACUGCUGCUAGCUGUUUAUAUUUAAAAGACAAACACGAGAGUGGUACUGAUCUAACUCUCAGCAAGAAAGUGAAUGAGUACAUCUCCGUUUAUUCUUUUAAAGGAUUUUGGGUUUGAAAUCCCUGACUGUUUAUAACAUUGCUGGUAAUGUAUUAUGUAUGCAUUUGUAUUUGUAUGUACAUUUGUGUGUACAUUGUACAUUUGAUUUGUUUUGAAGAGAUUUCUCAGUGGCAUUAAAGCCGGUGAGUGAAAUUACAAAAGAAGCACAAUCACAUCUAUCAUAUCAAGUUUCAGUAGUGAAAACAGCAGUGUUUCUCCUGUUGCUUAAGCAGGAAUGUCAGAAACACGACAGCACUGACUCCACACAGACAACAGAACUACAGCAGAUAAAAACAGACACAAUGGAUCCCUUAUACUGCCCAGAGAUUUAAUUAAAGAUGCCCAAAUGUUGACUGGA